CAAAACUGCGCCCGUUCCCCUCCACGCACCCAUCACCAUCCACCCAUCCACCCACCGUCCACCAUCCAACAUCCUGGCUAUCUCCCUCUCAUUGUACAAACAACAGGUCGUACACGUCCAGCAUCAUUCAUCCCAUUCUGUGCUCUCCCGACUAAUGUUCCAUCCUCGCGCUCUAUGACUCCCACCCCACCAAUUCACCGUCUCAUCUCCUUCCUCCUCGCUGCCUGACCGUUUGCACAACAGUGGUUUGAGGCAGUCCAUUUUAGCGCACUCUAUUUCACGUUGAGGACAUUCAUUACCUUUACAAUCACUAUCCCAGGCCAACUCUAGAGCGGAAUCGCAAGUCACAAGUCUCAUUCAACUGUCUUCUCCAUGUUGUCCUGUGAACCAUCUUAGAUCGACCGUCAUUCUCUAGUUUCCCAACACCGUUCUACCCCUCCUCCUCCUCCGCGUCCUUGAACGCAGAUAAAGUCUCACUUCCCACCUCUGAUCGCGCCUUCCAAAUCACACCAACAAACCAUCUUUCCCUCACUCUCGCCACCUCAAAUCCAACCUGUCUGCAACACAGGUCUCCGUUCUGGGCCCUGGCCUGGACAGGCUCCACCUCGAAGAGUCCGAGUACUCUGAAUCCCUCUACUACCAACACUUUACCACUUCUUCAGCCACCGUCUCCGACAUGUCUCAAUCCUCCGAGCAGAGUCCAGACAGCUGGAUCGGAACCUUCUGUAAUCUAGUCGGUCACGAAUACUUUGCCGAAGUCAGCGAAGAUUUUAUCGAGGAUGAUUUCAACUUGACCGGUCUUCAAUCUCAGGUGCCCAUGUACAAGGAUGCUUUGGAGAUGAUUCUUGAUGUCGAACCCUCCGAUACCAACUCAUCAGGCUUGUCUGAGGAUGAGGAGGAAGAGGAAGAAGAGGAAGACGACGGGCUGCUGGGGGACGAAUUGGAUGACCCCGUAGCCAACCAGAACGGUGGAAGGCAGUCUGGCGUCUCUGCCAAUAGAAGGCGGCACGGGCGUACCUCGUCGGACACAAGUGUCAUUGAAUCAUCGGCCGAACUUCUUUAUGGUCUCAUCCACGCCCGGUACAUCACCUCAAGACCUGGCAUCCAGCAGAUGAUGGAAAAGUAUGAAUCCUCACAUUUUGGUUUCUGCCCAAGAGUAUACUGUGCUCAAGCUAAGGUUCUGCCUGUGGGUUUGACCGACACACCGGGCCAACAAACCGUCAAGCUGUACUGUCCCAGCUGCUCGGAUGUCUAUACCCCGCCCAAUUCAAGGUUCCAGGCCGUGGAUGGCGCCUUCUUUGGCACCACAUUCCCAUGCCUAUUCUUCAUGACUUACCCUGAGGUUGACGUGGCUCCUCUCAAGAGACGCUUCGCUAGAGAUUUCAACAUGCAGACCAACGAAGACGCUGAAAACGUCCAGAGUCCUACCGACGCCUAUAUCGCCCGUGCUACUCCUGGCAUGACAGCUAGUCGAAGUUCAAGCCUCACCUUACCCCCACCCCCAGGCACCGCCGGGCUGCCUCACAAUAAGGACGACAAAUCGUCUUCAUCUGCCACCGCCAUCCCUCCACUACCACCACAGCCCCUUCAAAUCAACGGAAUUGCGAGCCACAACCUCGUGCCAGGUCUGGGCAAAGGCAGAAUCUACGAGCCGAGAAUUUAUGGCUUCAAAGUCUCUGAAAGAGCCAAAAGUGGUCCUCGAAUGAGGUGGUUACGCUCGAAACCAACCGAUAUCAACGAACUCGACGAGGCAAGAAUAUAUCAUGAGACAUACGGUGGCACCGUUGACGGCGACCCUGAUGAUGAGCCACAGGCCAUGUCAGGUGAAGAGGAAGAUGAGGGAGAAGUGGAAGCCGAAGAAGAUGGCGAUGCAAUCAUGGGCAGCCAAAGCUACAGUGGAACCAAAACCGGGGUCAAGCUCGACCCUGACAAAGACGGCGAUGCACCAAUGGGCAACCUAGGUCCAAGUUCGUCCAAGGCAAGGCCAAAACGGAAAUCGAGCACUUCCAAGCAACAAGCUGGUGUCGAGAUACCCCAAGAAACGCCAAAAUGGAUAUGAUGGAACGAAAUGCAGAGUUGUUAUGAAGGCAUUGUUACUGCAGAGCAAAAGCCGAGUGGAAAGGAGAAAAGGACGGCAGGUUCCCCAGUACCACCGCAAUUGUUGUAAAUCAGCGGACAUGCUGAAUGACCGCGCCUCUACCGUGGUCCUAUUUGGACAUGGGCCUGAGGAUGAUGGAUGACUGUGCGAUUUCAUGCUGAGAGUGACAAGGACGUCAGGACACUUGGCAGGCCACGCUGAUGUCCAAAGCCGUCAACAACUGGAAAAGGGCAGAAAUGGAGUCGGUGACCACCCCAGCCACCACAGACUCCCACCAACCACGACAGACCCCGCCUCUAUGUGGAACUUUUAUCGUAUUACAGGACGUUGCAUGGUUGCGUUGUUGCACGACACACAUGACAUGGAGGAGGCAUGUCACGUUGACUUGACGUUGACAGUAACCAUGCCACACCAUGCACGACUUUACUGUUCCUCUGGUUAUCAGGGUCAUCACAUGAUGUGAUGAUGGUGGUACAUAAGAUGCUGCCAUGUUCGUGUCGUAUUACAGGGUGGGGAAUUGAAGAAAUGAGGAGCAUGAGGAGAUGAGUAGAUAGGGAAAUGAAUCAGGGACAGAAGGAGUAUGCCAGAACUGAAUUUAUAUUUGGUGGUGGGUGGUCCGGCUCACUGGGUAGGUAGUAUCUGUCUCACUGGAUGGGUCUAUACUAGCUCAAACUGUAUGUAUGCAGACUUGUUGAGCAGGAGCAGGAGCGAGCAGGAGGGUACCAGUUUAUUUCAAAGAAUCGCCUUUAUCGGCCAUGCAUUCUAUCUAGUUCUUCUCUGCCGUG